UUACAGAAUUGCUGCCUGAGUUUUUCUUCUGGCAAAUUUCUUCCAAAAGACAAACAAUUGGCCAAGGCCAAGCCUUUGCCAGAAGGUCCUUCUCUGGAAGAUUUUGUUACUGGUGAGGUUUCUGGACAGUCAACCUGGUCAGAUUAUGAAGGAAAACUCAAGAGAGAAGUAGGAGACAGAGCCAGGCUCAGGCUGCCACCAUGGCUAAAGAGGGAGAUCCCUAUUGGGCAGAGCUAUCACAAACUGAAAGAUGACCUACGGGGCUUGAAACUCAGCACUGUUUGUGAAGAAGCGCGCUGCCCCAACAUAGGGGAGUGCUGGGGGGAUAACAAGCAUGGAGUUGCCACGGCCACCAUCAUGCUGAUGGGGUCUGAGUGUACACGUGGCUGCCGCUUCUGCUCCGUGAAGACGUCCAGAGCGCCGCCGCCCCUAGACCCCCACGAGCCUGUCAACACCGCCGCUGCCAUCACCAAGUGGGGGCUGUCGUAUGUGGUGCUCACCUCCGUCGACAGGGAUGACUUGGAGGAUGGAGGAGCGGCACAUUUUGCAUCCACUGUCGUUGAAUUGAAAAAAAGUAAGCCGGAGAUUCUCGUGGAGUGUUUAGUACCAGACUUCUCUGGGCGUGAGAAGUGCAUUCACGUAAUCGUCGACUCAGGCCUCGAUGUCUUCGCUCACAACAUAGAAUGUGUCGAGGAUCUUACGUGGCUCGUGCGGGACCCAAGAGCCAAAUAUAGACAAUCCUUGGCGGUGCUGGAGGAGGCCAAGAGGUACAAGCCUGACCUCAUCACGAAGACCUCCAUCAUGCUAGGCUUCGGGGAACAAGACGACGAGGUGCUGCAGACCAUGAAAGACCUACGGAAUGUUGGCGUCGACUGCCUGACGCUCGGCCAGUACAUGCAGCCCACAAAGAUGCACCUCAAAGUCAAGGAAUACGUCACGCCUGACAAGUUCUUGCACUGGAAGGAGGUGGGCGACAGCCUGGGCUUUGCCUACACCGCCAGCGGACCCUUGGUUCGGUCUUCGUAUCGUGCCGGGGAAUUCUUCAUAGAAAAUCUUAUCAGGAAACGCGGCCAGAAGUGAAGCUCUUAAAAUCGGUAUAGGCAAUGACUAUAUUUUAUUGGAAAAUGGUUUACUGCAGGCAGUAGUUUGGAGAAUUAUAUAUAAUUUCUUUUUUGAAACCUUUAAGCAAGACGAACUUGUGUUCGCUUAUAUUAAAGAAUUAUGUUUACAACUGAUGGACAAAAAACAUGCCCGUCAAUCUAAUGUUUACUUUACCAAUGCUAAGAAACCCAAAAAUUUUAUUACAAAUCGUUAAUGAAAUUAUGUUAACAACUGAGUAAAAAAUGUCACCGAUAAUCAAAGAUUGCUUUGCUAAUUUCAAGAGGCUCGAAAUGUUACUGAAAUGUAACGAAAGUGGAAGAUUGAGUUGACUUUCUUAUGGAAAACGUUAUAUUUGCACACCGAAACGAGCUAAGCCAAUGCAACGCUUCAUACUGUGGCACGUUGAGUGCGAUGCGCUUAAUCACUUUAUGUAAUUUAUUUUACUGUCAAUAGCUCAUGUCUCGUAUUCGUGGUGAUGUGAGCAAGUUAUUAAAGGCUGUGUAAUGGCCGCAAUGAGGCCCCCUAAUACUCAUGUGGUAUUGUUGUUUCAAGGAGGAUAUCUCUGAUUAUCUCAUCAUGCUUGUACAUUGCUUCUGAAUUCACCAAAAUGCUAAUUUAAAACAAUUUCACUAAUAUGAACUGAUCAGUAAUUAACUUCAUAAUAAAUGACGCUAUUUUGUGCCAAGUCUGCACCAUCUCAAAAUGUCGAAUCUAUUCACCUGUUUAUUCACCAUCAUAUUCUCGUGGCUUAAUUUCCUAACGUGCCUUGCGUUCGGUGAAUAAUAUUUAAAUUCCGAAUUCUCUGAUCGACCUCCCUUGCGUAGGUAUUACCAAAAUAUCUUCGAAAUUUAGUUUGUUGGUAAAUCCCUUAUUAGUAAAUAAUCGUGUCAUCUUGAUAUUAUAAUGGCGCUGGUUGAUGCCUUUUUUCCCGCCAUACUUGCAUUAUAUGUGCAAUGUUGUACAACUUGUUGAACUUGUAUAAACUUGUCCAGAUUGUGUAAUUUUUCCCACUAUGGGUAUUGACCAUCAUGGACAAUCUUGUAGCUGGCGCAUCGUUUCACAAUCAUUAUUUUUCUCGCAAAUUAAUUUUGCAGAUUUUAAAGGGAAUUUCUAAUCUGGGUUACAGCGUUUCUUGUAUGAAUUCAUGUCAUACACAUAAUCUCGAGCUUAUUAUUGAUUCAUUUUCCCAUUACGAAUAAAUCAACUGCAGAUUUUUCUUCUAGAGUCAUAGACCAAUGUGCUGAAUAGAAAAUUUGUUGAUCCUGCUGUUCAUUUUAGUUUAAAUGAUUUGUUUGGAAUUUUCCAACGGUUUUUCAUCCAUGUAAAUUUAUCUAAUCAAUCGAGGGAUUAAAAAUGCCGGUUGUUAUACAUUUAUUUUACAAGCAGUACAUUUUCGUAUAGAAUUUGGCGGUUAGUCGUUCUGUGUUCUCGUUUUCGAAGCAGAAAUAUGAAAUAUUAAUAAUCGUGAAUAUAUUAUUACAAUAACUUCUCUAACACAUAUUCCACGCACUUCUACAUGUGACGAGUAACAUUGCUUACAGAAGAAGGGUAAGAGUCGGUGCGUCUAAAUUCAUUUUAUGAUUUUCCCAAACAUCUUCUACUGCGACCGCAAGAUUUUCAGAGAAAAAUAAUGUCAAAUGAAGCCUUCUCAGUCCCUGCUACUUAUUAUUCAAUUCUCGUGGAGAUAAAAUAAAUCACUAAGGCAAUUAUUUAUUCGCCAUUAAAAAACAAUACAGAAUUCCAAGCAAUUGAGCCCAUCAACAAUAUAAAAAAUUUUGUCUCUUCGUCAAUAAGAAACGAUUGUUUUAUUUCUCGAGAUCUUCACAUUAAGAUCUGAGCACAGGUGUUCGAACAAUACUAUGAUAGUGAACGAAAUAAUGCGCUAUGUUUUGCCGCAUAUUCAAAAAUAAAUUUAAAUCAGAAAUAGUUUCCGUGAACGACAUGACUCGGUAUUACUGGUAGACAUGGUUUCACUCCGUAGAGGCUCUACUUUUACGGUUCAAACAUGUUAUAUUACAUUUACUACUUCCCAAUUUGUACAAAGCCAACACACUGAAAAAUUUUCCUAUAUCCGUGGUAAAUUAUAUUCUGGUUUAGUUUUUGGUUGAAAAUUGCUUAGGAUCGAAUUGAAAAUAUCCCAGUGAAAAUUCACACAACAUCAAGACCUAACUAACGAGAGCCUCUUGGACCAAAAUAUCUGGAAUCCACACUGAAACACCGAAUAAUAUAAAAAAUGACGAACAUCAAUUAAAUAGUCUUAUUAUGUCAUAAGCAUGCUAUUAUUAAUCUCCGCAUGAUUGUUCAAGAAAUAAAAGCAAACGUAAGAGUUUUAGAGUUCAUCUUGAACUUCACCUUCUAUAUGAAUAAAUUACCUUGUUAGUGGAUUAUGACGAACAUGUGGCUUGGAGGUCAUAUUCAAUAGAACUUAAACGUGUCCUGCAGUUAGACUAAAAGGCUGGCGCAAUAUUGGUUCUUCAUAAAACGUAAUCGUUAUAAA